AUGCAGUAUCUCCAAUCACAAUUCACAUUGGCAGAGAGAAAUCGGAUGCAGAACGAUUUGGAAAAGUCAUCAUUGAAAUUGAAGAUUGUUGAAUUAGAAAGCGAGCGUAAUUCUCUUAAGCUUCAAAAUGAGAAGUUGAAUCUAAGAGUUCAGCAGUUGGAAGGUACAUUGGGAGAAAGUAAGAAUGGCAACGGUAAACAAAAGGGUCCAGCAAAGAAGGAAGACGAUGAGUUUUUGAAGAAAAUUUCCGGGAUCAAUACAAUUGACGUUAAGAAACUUGUCAAAGCAAGGGAAUUCUUGAAGUCGGCUACUAGCGAAAUCAUGUACCUUCUUAAAUCUCCUAGCGUUGAGCUUGAAGAUCCUUUGAAUCUGGACAAAGAGAGAUAUUUCAUUGAGCCGAAGAACAAGGUUUUCAAUCAAUCUCUGGGACCAGGAGAAUAUGUUGAUAUGGAGAUACCGUUGGAAGCAUCUACGGAGCUUAAAAAUUCCACCAGAUUUGUGGACUCUAUCAUAAAUGAUUCUGAAACAAACACUGUAGUUGGGUCUGAUGAGGAAGAAGAUGUUGACAACGACGACAAUGAAGAUGAUGAUGAUGAUGAUGAUGAUGAUGAUGAUGAUGAUGAGGAUGAGGAAGAGGAGGAGCUAGUCUCUGAUGGAAAACCGAGAAAUGAAGUGAAAAUUUUGAAGAGAAGGAACUCUUCUCAUGAUAGCGAUCAUUUUGUGGUCUCGAUUGACGACCAGAUGCCUUCUUUUGCCAAAUUGAUAGAUGGAAGAUUGUUUUGCUACGAAAAGGAUGUUCAUAAGGUUAAAGCGUAUACCAAUAUUGAUACCCAGAGUAAGCCACAGUUGAAAUGUGUUUAUGAGUGUCCCGAAGACCUGAAAGAGAUUGUGGACAUCAAAGUUGCUGACCAGAGGUAUGUUGUCAUAGCAACAAAGAAUAAAGUUGUUGUUUUUGGGGGGGAGAGCAUCGUGGCCAACACAGAGAAGCCGAUGAUUGUUUACGAAGACAUGGGAGAUGAUUUGAAGAGCAUAGAUUUGGACUCCCAAGGUUAUAUCCUUUUGACGUUUGGGUUUACAGUGGAAAUCCUACGCAUUGAACCUACAACAUGUGCUCUAUCCACUGUUUUUACCACCAAUUGCAAUCAGAAUGGACAGCUUCUAAAUGCCAAGUUCAUUGGAUAUAAAAGUGCCCAUGAUAUUGUCAUACUAACCACCAACUCCUUAAUUCUCCAAGCAGCGGGAGUUAACGUUGUGGAAGAUAAAUCAAAGUCGAGUCAAGUAGUUAAACUUUCUUCGUUUGAUCAUUACUUAUUAACUUCGAGAAGUUUGGUUAUUAAUCUGCCCCAAGGCUUGUUUUUGAUUGAUUUCUCCAGCAUGGCCUCCUUCAGUCACGUCCCAUUGAAGAAACCUCUACUGGAGGAUGCAUAUCUUGGUGCAUGCGAAGAGGACUGUUCCAUAUUCUUUGUUCGGAUUUCUUCUGAUAUGGUAGAUCUGUUUAAGGUCAUCGAGACUGGUGAUAUAUUUAACAUCAAGACUCUUUCGGGACUUAAAUCUAGAUCUUCCUGGUGUUGUGUGGGUUCCUUGAACAACAGCUUUGCCACCUGUGUUGGAACGAAAGAUGGUGUGGCAGUUUAUCCUAUCUAA